CUCGUCGCGGUGCGCUGAGGGUUUAUUGAACGAACAAUGGUUGUCUUUGGCAAUGCAGUGAAGAACAAAGUCCUUGGCAAGUACUCCAGGUGGAGUCAGCCUGCUGCUCAAAGCCCCUCUCCUUUUCCUGCAGUUGGGUAGAGCCUUAGAGAAGGGCAUCGAGGGCUAAGUCUGAUGGCAAGCUGGAGAAUAAGGAGUAUCUCCCAAGAAGAAAAUGCUAUGUACUAAAUGGCUCCUUCCAGAAGAAAAUUCUGAUUUAAAGAUGACCUGAAUAUAUUUCUUAAAGGAUCAACGUGUGAGGUUGCAAAUUGCAAGGAUGAAAGCUAUUUUGUCUGGUUUUCAGAUCAGAUGUUUCUUCUCUUUGGUACAGAAGAAUCUUCAGUCCAGGUAGAAACUCUGACCUCUCCAGAUCUUCUGGAGGCUCUGAGAACACCAAGGAAUAACUGCAAAUAAAGUACAAGAACAACCGUUCUGCUGCCUUCUGACAGGUGACCACCAGCCAGUCGUUCAAUGACUACUGGAAAGCCCAUGCAGAAGGUGGAUCAGCUGGAAUGUCUCUUCUUAUUUUGGUGUCCAUCUUCUUAUCAGCUGCUUUCCUUAUGUUUUUAGUAUAUAAAAACUUCCCACAGCUUAGUGAAGAAGAAAGAGAAUGUAUAAAGAUUCCUAGAGACAUGGAUGAUGCAAAGGCCUUGGGAAAAGUCUUGUCCAAAUAUAAGGACACCUUUUAUGUUCAAGUGUUAGUGGCUUAUUUUGCCACGUAUGUUUUUUUGCAAACAUUCGCUAUCCCUGGGUCUAUAUUUCUCAGUAUCCUCUCAGGAUUCCUUUAUCCCUUCCCACUGGCCUUAUUUCUUGUUUGCCUGUGCUCAGGACUCGGCGCUUCAUUCUGCUACAUGCUUUCAUACCUAGUGGGACGGCCUGUUGUAUACAGAUAUUUAACAGAAAAGGCAGUAAAAUGGUCAGACCAGGUUGAAAGACACAGAGAACACCUCAUUAACUAUAUAAUAUUUCUAAGAAUAACGCCUUUUCUUCCUAAUUGGUUCAUCAAUAUAACAUCUCCUGUAAUAAAUGUACCUUUGAAAAUAUUUUUCAUUGGCACUUUUCUAGGUGUGGCACCACCAUCCUUUGUAGCAAUUAAGGCAGGGACAACACUGUACCAGCUUACAACAGCAGGGGAAGCUGUUUCCUGGAACUCUGUGUUUGUCCUCAUGAUUUUAGCCAUCCUCUCCAUCCUACCAGCUGUCUUCCAGAAGAAACUGAAACAGAAGUUUGAAUAAGGAUCAGACUGGAUCAGAAUUUCCCAUAUUUCAUCUCAGGAUCAGCACUUCUGAUAUUUGUAUGUUUGCUUUUCUAUUAGAUCUUGAACAAUAAAGGGGAGGCUUGUAAUGGAUAAGAAUGUCUUUAAAUGAACACAUGGCCUAAAAUUGAAGAAACUGUGUUCAGAACUGUACUACACAUAGUUUUGUAACCAAACCAUCAGUGUUUUACUUUGUGGGGAGGUACAGGAUGAGAGGAGGGAGGACACACUUUGCUCUAAUUUUGAGCAGAGCAAAAGUAGAAAUGCAGACAUGAACUGCAGGCAGUUUCUUAAAAAUAAAUAAUAAUAAAAAAGUGGGGGAAAAAAAAACAUCAGGUAUUCAGUCCAGUUUUGUAACACUACAUUGUCUCUGCAGACUUACAUGUGAUCUGGUCUGAAUACAUCUCUCAUUAAAAAUUUCUCUUCCUUUGCCUUUUGUAAUGCCAGAAAAAUAGCAUCAUAAAAUAACAGUGCUCACUGAGAAACAAAGAUAUUUCUCUGAGCAGUACUUUAACUUCAGUGACACUCUUGCCUUCCUGAUUGCUUACUCUUUCUAUUUUAGUGCUAUGUCAUUUUAAAUACUUGAACCAAUAUCUGUUCUACUAACUGGAUUAAAAAAAAAAGUCAAAGGAGUGUCAAAUCAGUCCUCCUUGUCAUCUGUAUUUUUU